AGCCAAACCAUCCUCGAUGUCGCCUUUCUAUCCUGGAAAACGCCUUUCUACAAAGGGCGAACGCUGUACGGUGCGCUAUGUUGGCGAAGUCAAAGGCAAACAAGGCCAGUGGCUAGGCGUGGAAUGGGAUGACCCUACCCGAGGAAAGCACUCUGGAACUCACGACGGGGUUGAGUACUUCAAGUGUAGGAGUUUGCAUCCCACACCCGGCUCUUUCCUUCGUCCCUCGGCAGCGUGGGAUCAACCCAGGACUUUCCUCGAAGCACUGAAAACGAAAUACGCGGCCAUCGAAACUGGAGAGCAUGCAUCGAAUCAUAAUGUCAUCAGAAUCAGCGGCAAGGAAGCUGAAGAAGUCGGUUUUGAAAAGAUCGCCCGCCAGCAAGCUCAACUGCAGAAUCUUCGCAUUGUGGUAUUGAAUGACUUGCUCGUCAAGGCUUACGAUGUAGAUACCACAAAUCCGGAAGACAAUCUGGACCGGAUACCAGAGACAUGUCCAAACAUCACUGAUCUCGACCUGGGCAGGAAUUUGUUCGAAACUUUGUCUGAGAUCUCCGAUAUAUGUGAUCGUCUACCAAAACUAAAGUUCUUAAGGCUAGAUCUUCUUGGUCCGGGAAGCUCUUCUGAUGAGGCUAGUUCUGGUCUGGCUCGGCUCGAAAUUCUCCUACGAUCCAUGCCGAAUAUUGAGGAGCUAUCAGCAUCGAGCAACCAGCUGGGCUCGUUGGAUGAUUGCAGCUUACCAAGUAUGUUGACCUCACUUACCUUGGAGGACAACAAUUUCUCAGGUCUCGAGGAUGUACAACACCUAGGCGAAUGCUGUCCACAACUCCGCACUCUGAACCUCAAGAACAACCAGCUCUCUCACACCUCGAGGAACUCACAGCACAAAGGUGCCCUCAAGCUACCGGAAACAAUAGUCGAUCUAGAUCUCGCAUACAAUAACAUAACAUCGUGGAAUAUCAUCAACGAACUAUCGACGACCUUUCCAGGAUUGAAGCAUUUACGUAUAGCUCACAACCCUUUAUUCUCUACACUACGCUCGGCCGACAGCAAGCUACUGACCUCAGCUGACGGCUACAUGCUCACAAUCGCCCGGCUGCCUCAGCUCGAGACUCUCAACUACUCCAAGAUUACCGACAAGGAGCGUCUGAACUCGGAAACGUACUACCUCUCUCAGAUCGGGAGAGAGCUAUCUCUGACACCCAAGGAAAAGGAAAAGGACAUCCUGGCCUCUCAUCCAAGGUGGAAGCAGCUGUGCGAGGAGUAUGGCGAGCCGAAGGUUGAGCGUCAAGCAGAAAGCGGAAUUGAUCCCAACUCACUAGCAGCACGGCUACUUGAAUGUACAGUUUAUUCGUCGGCAGCAGCUGGGAAGAUCGAUCUACCUAACAAACAANNAAAUCCGCUAGUAGUCGAGAUACCCAAAGCCUGCAGCAUCUACAAGGUCCAUGGAAUUCUCGGCAGGCGUCUAGGUGUCGAGCCUACUCAUCUCCGCUUGAUCUUGGAGACUGGCGAGAAAGAUCGCGUAGACAUGGCAACAUGGAACGGGGUAGAAGAAUGGGAUUCUGAUGAAGAGGAUGCAGAAGAGAUCGGUGAAGAGUGGAAGGAAAGAGAGGAGGAGCUUGUUCCAGGUACGAGACCACUGGGCACAUUUGUCGAUGGAUCGAAUGCAAGAAUCAGGGUCGAAAUUAANGAUCAGUCCAAGCAUAACAGGUUGACAUUCGGGAAGAGAUGCUCUGUAGAUAAAGUGCACAUGCGAGGGAAGCACGAUAGAGGUUGCAAU